GUACUGAUCGAUCGACGUGGGAAUCUUUCAUGUUUACACCUGAUAGAUCGUGUAUAGCUCCGAGUCUUUGAACAAUUUCUCGGGAUUAUUAACGAGGGCCACCGAUUUCAAAGCAAUCGGUUUAAGUAGUUGACAGCGUGCUACUCCUAAAUAUGUUCUCGCAAAUUGUGCCCAAGGCGUUCGUCGACGAGGACCCACCCGUGUUUAGGGGAGAGGCGGGAAGUAAGUCAGUUUUUUUUCCCCUUGAAAUUGUAGGCUCACGCUCACGUGCGUCUUUUUGAAUCUGCACCCACUAGUCCUUUUCGUUACUUAUUCAACAAUCUACCCCUCACAGGUGAUCCGAGCGACGACGACUCGGAGGUGGACUAUUGCAGCGAUGGAGGCGAUUCAAAAGGUGAAACAGUGGCAACAAAGACUAUACUGGGUUCGUGGACCCAAAGUGCUGAGCAACACGACUACGGGUCGGCCCGUCUCUCGGCUUGUGGCCGCGAGAUUGAUUUGGAGCGGAAGAAGAGCACGUUUACCAAUUUUUUCUCGCCCACAAUCCCGCACACUGGGAGGCGCGUUAGCGUCGUCGACCUUGCCGUUCCGAAAGUCCGCAGGUCUUCCUGUUGCAGUCACGUUUGCGCGCUGUUUACGAUGCUCGUUGUGGUCGGGGAAAUCGCCAGCUUGUUCGACGUGUUUGCAUUCUUCGUGCCAUCGUGGCCAGUUACGGACAGUAAGGAAGCUUGGAUAGGCCCACCCGUACUGGUAUUUUUAGCCCUGCUAUGGCACCCGGGAUGUGGCAUUGUGGAACGAAGCACUGACGUGGGACUGGUACGCGUGUUUCGUUGUUGGCAUGAUGCGAUGUUGUUGUAGUACGCUCUGGUAGGGUGGUUCUAGUUCGAUGGCUACUGGAUCUGGAUGAAGCUUGUGGCGCGCUAGGUUCGAAAAGAUCGUUUGUACUUGUAAGACUCACUCCUGCCACUGGGGAAAAAGAAAAAUUGAAAUCUACAGCUGCUCUGGCAGCCGGAAGGCCGCCGACAACAGACAGACAUUGUCUUUUACCUGCGGAAAAAGUACGGCUUUUUUCUCGCUUUGACGGGCGUCGUGUUGGUUCUACUCGUGCCGUGUCGGCAACUCAUGGAUGGAGGUAGCAUGCGGAAACACGUGCUGGCGGUGGGGCUGGUACAGAAGUUUUUGGGGCUCUUCAUGCAGGUUUUGCUUUCGUCGUACGAAGAGGAAGAAUAA